AUGAACGCUCAACAGAUUAAUCAGCUGAUUGCCCAAUAUCCAAUUGUUAAAGACCUUAUCGCACUCAAAGAAGUGGCGUGGUUUAAUCCCAAUUUUACCUCACUGGUAGAAGGGCUGCCCUAUGUCGGGUUAGACCAAAAAGAUAUUGAUGAUGCCAGUGCACGUUUGACACGCUUUGCACCCUAUUUGAUGAAAGCCUUUCCAGAAACAGCGGCAUCUCAAGGUAUUAUAGAAUCCGAACUGGCAGCGAUUCCUCAAAUGCAGCAACAGUUGGAACAGUAUUUUGGACAAUCGAUCCAUGGUCAAUUAUGGCUUAAAAAAGACAGCCAUCUUCCAAUAUCGGGUUCAAUUAAAGCGCGUGGUGGUUUACACGAUGAAAUUUCAGUUCAAGAUCUGGGUAUAGACAAUAUCACCGCUGCUGAUGGCCUCGCUGUUGGGCGAGCAUCUGGCUUUGUUGGUCGAGCCAUGCAAAGGUUAUUAGACGGUUUUUAUACAUUAACUGAUGAAACCAUGUAUGUACUUUUGGGCAUGCUCAAUGAUGCAGAACAGCUUAAAUUAGAACCUUCUGCGUUGGCGGUCAGGAUUUUCCAUCUGGAAUUAAACGAUCCCACCAUUGACUCGAAGGACUUGGGCAUUGACCCAAUUACUCGCUUCAUUUACGGCGAAAUCCAACACUGCGGCAAUAUCUUCUACAGUGCCUAA